CCACCACAAACUAGAUUCAGCUUGAAUAACAAACUACAAACUAGAUUCAGCUUGAAUAACCAACCGCAAACUAGAUUCAGCUUGAAUAACCAACCGCAAACUAGAUUCAGCUUGAUUAACCAACCACAAACUAGAUUCAGCUUGAAUAACCAACCACAAACUAGAUUCAGCUUGAAUAACAAACCACAAACUAGAUUCAGCUUGAAUAACCAACUACAAACUAGAUUCAGCUUGAAUAACCAACCACAAACUAGAUUCAGCUUGAAUAACCAACUACAAACUAGAUUCAGCUUGAAUAACCAACCACAAACUAGAUUCAGCUUGAAUAACCACCACAAAAUAGAUUCAGCUUGA